CGCGGAGCGUCCACUUCCGGGUCGCCUGCAGAGAGGAAAGGAAAAUGGCCGCGCUUACCCGUGUCCCUGGGUUGAGCCGGCGAAGGAUGGCGGUGGCGGCCGUGUGGGCGAUGGCCCUGCUGGGCUUGGCCCGGGGCGCAGCGGCCGGAGGGGGCGGGUCGCGCACGCUCGUGUUGCUGGAGAACAUGAACCUCAGGGACACCCACUCGCUGUUCCUGCGCAGCCUGGCAGAUAGAGGCUUUGAUCUUACCUUCAGAACUGCAGAUGACCCUGGUCUCUCCCUCAUUAAAUAUGGUGAAUUCCUCUAUGACAACCUGAUUAUAUUUUCUCCUUCGGUCGAAGAUUUUGGAGGCAACAUCAAUGUGGAGACCAUUGCUGCUUUCAUUGAUGGAGGUGGGAGUGUCCUCGUGGCUGCCAGUUCAGAUAUUGGUGAUCCUCUUCGAGAGCUAGGAAGUGAAUGUGGAAUUGAAUUUGAUGAAGAGAAGACAGCUGUCAUUGACCAUCACAACUACGAUGUCUCAGAUCUAGGCCAGCACACCCUCAUUGUGGCAGAUGGAGACAACCUUCUGAAGGCUCCUACGAUCGUAGGCAAGAAACCGCUGAACCCUAUUCUCUUUAGGGGAGUUGGGAUGGUGGCUGAUCCUGAGAACCCCCUGGUUCUGGACAUCCUGACCGGCUCGUCUACAUCCUAUUCCUUCUUUCCUGACAAGCCCAUCACACAGUAUCCUCAUGCUGUUGGGAAGAACACGCUCUUGAUCGCUGGCCUCCAGGCCCGGAAUAAUGCCCGUGUCAUCUUCAGUGGCUCUCUAGAUUUCUUCAGCGAUGCCUUCUUCAACUCAGCUGUACAGAAAGCAUCACCAGGUUCUCAGAGGUACUCCCAGACUGGAAACUACGAGCUGGCCAUGGCAUUGUCCCGCUGGGUAUUCAAGGAGGAGGGGGUUCUGCGCGUGGGGGAGGUGUCCCACCACCGCGUGGGAGAGACAGAACCCCCCAGUGCCUACACUGUCACUGACCUUGUGGAAUACAGCAUAGUCAUCGAGAAGCUCUCUGAUGGGAAGUGGGUCCCCUUUGAUGGCGAUGACAUUCAGCUUGAGUUUGUCCGCAUUGACCCUUUUGUGAGGACAUUCCUCAAGAGAAACCGAGGCAAGUACAGCGUCCAGUUCAAACUUCCUGAUGUCUAUGGAGUAUUCCAGUUCAAAGUGGAUUACAACCGGCUGGGCUACACCCAUCUGUACUCCUCUACACAGGUGUCUGUGCGCCCCCUGCAACACACGCAGUACGAGCGCUUCAUCCCUUCAGCCUACCCCUACUACGCCAGUGCCUUCUCCAUGAUGGUGGGCCUCUUCCUCUUCAGUAUCGUGUUCCUGCACAUGAAAGAGAAGGAGAAGUCGGACUGAUCACUGGGGCAGAAAGAAAGUGGGAGCCACCUCCUCCAAGACUGUGCUGUCAGGCUGAGGAGGGUGGCUGGUGCUGGGCCACAGGACAAGUGCUCGGUCAACUGGAGACCUCAGGAUCUAGGGACCAGAAGCUGAUUUGGGGUGGGUGUGGGGAAUGCACAUCUCUUGCAGUGGGGGGGCGGCGGCGGCGAUCAGGCCUGGAUGAACUGCAACCUGUAACUCAAGGCCAGCCCCUCUCUCCGUGUUGUGGAAGCAUUUUCAUCACUACUAGUUUUGUCUCUGGGUCGUUCUGUUUUUGUUCUUGUUUUUCCCAAAAUAAAAGAAGUUGGCUUCCCCCUCA